GGUUUAUGGCCUCCAUCUUCUCCGUCCCCCCGCUGCGCCGCCCCGCCCCGCCACCUUCGCGCGGCCCGUGGCGCUCCUCCCCUUUCACGCCGCCGCUCCGCCCCGCCACCCUCGCGCGGCCACGGCGUCCCUCACCUUUCACGCCGCCGCACUACCUCUCCACCCUCUCGCGGAGGCGGCGUUCCUCCCCUUUCACGCCGCCGCGCCGCCCCUCCACCCUCGCGCGGACGCGGCGCCCCUCCCCUUUGGCGCCGCCGCGCCUGCGUUGACCCUCCCCUUUCGCGGCGCCGCGCCGCGCCUGCACCCUCACUCCCGCGGCGACCCUCCCCUUUCGAGCCGCCGCGCCACCCCUGCGCCCCCGCGCUCCACGGCGCCCCUCACUUUACUUUUCUCUUGGCCCUAGUAAGCGCACAAUUGUCUGAUGAAUUUUGGCAUGGCUGGCAAUCACAUUAGUUUGGAGGAGAUCACAGAGUAUGAGAGUGUGAUAACCAAGGAGUUUAGAAGCGAGGAUGAAGGAUAUAAGUUCUAUAAUGAUUAUGCUUGGUCGAAAGGUUUUAGCAUCAGAAAGGACAAUGUUAGGUACAAUGGAGAUGGUAAGGUGGUCUGGAGGCGUUUGUGCUGCUCAUAUGAAGGCUAUAGGUUGUUGAAAUACUUUGAAAGAACAGACCAAAUUAGGGAGCCAAGGGCCCUGACACGUUGCGGAUGUGAGGCCAAACUUGAGAUACAGUUGAAUGAGGAGAUGGGGAUUUGGUUUGUUAAAGAUUUCAACGAUGGUCAUGCGCACCCACUUGCAAAGCAUGACCAAGUGGCAUUCUUAUGAUCCCAUCGGAAUCUAAGUGAUGCUCAAAAGGCUGAGGUUGUAGAACUCGGGGUCAGUGGCCUUCGUACAUGCAAUAUAAUGGACGUCAUGGAGAAGAAUCAUGGUGGUUAUGAUCAGGUUGGGUUUGUGUCUCGGGACUUGUACAACUUCGUUGCUCGUUACAAGAAAGAAAGAAUUGAGGGUAUGGACACUCAAUUUGCACUGAGCCUUUUGAACGAACAGAAGGAAAGAGAUGCAGAAUUUUUCUUUGAGUACAAUACUGAUGCCGGAGGUCAUCUGAAGAAUAUGUUCUAGGCCGAUGCACAAUCUCGGAUCAACUAUGACGCAUUUGGAGGUGUUGUGGUUUUUGACGCCACUUACCGUGUCAACCGGUACAACCUUCCUUUUGUUCCUUUUAUUGGUGUAAACCAUCACCGUAGCACGGUUGUCUUUGGGUGUUGUCUGCUCUCAGAUGAGACGGUUUCUUCAUAUGUGUGGCUGCUGGAGACCUUCAUUAAGGCGAUGGGUGGCAAGCAUCCUAGAUCGUUUAUCACCGAUGGGGACCUUUCCAUGGCAAACGCCAUCGCCAAGGUCUGUCCUGAUGCAGAUCAUCGGUUAUGUACAUGGUACAUUGAGGAGAACGCAAAACGCCAUCUCCAUGGGGAUGCGCUCACCAAAUUUCGUAGACUCGUCUACGAAGUAAUGAAGGCCGAUGAAUUUGAGAGACGAUGGUGUGCCUUUAAGAACAGGGAUAAUGUGCCGGAGAAGGAGUUAUGGCUAGCCAUGAUGUAUGCGCUAAGGGAAAAGUGGGCCGCGGCGUAUACCGAUGGGAGAUAUUUCUUAGGGAUGAGGAGCAAUCAAAGGAGUGAGGGUUUGAACUCAAGAAUUCAUAGUCAUCUCGACAGGAAAAUGUCACUGAUCGAUGUCAUAGAGCAUUUCAUGUGCUGUGUGUCGCGUAUGCGUAGAAAUGAGGCUGAGAUGGAUGCUAGAGCAUCACAAUCGGUACCAUUCACUAAAAUUAGUGCUGCACGCUUUUUCACCCAUGUCAUUUUCAGGGAGGUAAGGGCAGAGAUUCGGAAGAUUUGUAAAUGGGUGAUUUUGGAGGUGAGGCAACUGGAUGAGGCUCGAAGGUACAGUAUUGCUUCGAAAUAUGACCAUAAAGUGCAUGGUGAAGUGAGUUGUAGUUUUGAUGGUGCAUUGUUGAUGGGCGUGAAGUGUUACUGUCAGAUGAUGGAUAGCAAAGAGAUACCAUGCUCACAUAUAUUUACAGUUCUGAAGUAUCUCCGAAUUGACAUUAUUCCUCAGUGCUGUGUUGCGGUUAGAUGGACAUUGCAAGCGAAGGCAGCGUUCCCUUCAAUUAGAACUGCAAAUGUGCAUGAGUGGUCCGAACAGAUGGAUCAGUACCGCCUUCUCCGUAACAUAGCUAAUGAGGCUUUAGUCAAAGCUUCUUUGAGUUUUGAGAGGUCACAGCAAGUCAUUGAUUUCUUUGAAAAUUUUAUGCGGGAAGGUGCCGAGAACGAGGGUAGCGUUAAUGAGACAACACUUGGUCCUUUGCCGGCGCACUUCUCAGCGUCGAACCAACCCAGUGGUGAGAGAGUCCUCGAUCCACAUAAGAUUGUUCCUAAAGGAAGGAUUCCUUCUAAGAGAUUGAAGCCGUGCCGUGAGUCCUACGCAAAUAAGAGGGCUUCACACUAAACCUUUUCUUCCAACAUUAAUGUGACUUUUUAAUUUUUGCACUUUAUUAUGUUGAUUACUGGAACACAACUAGUGAAACACAGUUAUGGAAUAGAAUGUGUUGCACGACAGGGGAGGGCUGUGCUUCUGUGUAUUUCCAACAUUGUCUCUGAAUCUGUUCAUGUAGUUGUUCAAGUUUUAUGCUUAUGACAGAUUGGUGGUUUAUUUACGACUGUGGCUGAUAGAUGUUUUAGGUACAAUAGAUAGGCCAUUCCUUUUUCAACUUAUCUCAAACAAACUCUUAACAUUCAGAAGUUGGUGCUUUACUGAGGCACUUAAUUUAUUUUACAUGUGUACAGAGGCAAAUAAGCUGAAAUGCUUUAGAACUAUAAAACAAUUCUUUGACAGAAACAUUACAGAAUUGAACUUGAUUUAUUCCAAUUUCAGAAAAUUACAGAAUUGAGCUGCCUCCUGUGUCCUAACUUGACUGGUUGCUGCUUGGUUUCUGAAAUUAGGUCCUGGAUGAAGAUCAUGGAGUUGUGGUUUACCCUGUCUGGUGGUCAGUAGCUCCUCCUGCAGUUCAACGUUGGGGCGACGUCCCUGGGCAGCAUAACUGUGGCGCACCUGGCUGCCCUGAGAUGAUUCCGACGGAAGCACACAGUUUUGUUGAUUGCGUUGCAAGGCUGCAGUUCAUUGCUGAUUAUUUAUUAUUAAAGGAGUGUAAUGAACAAAUAAAUUUAGUGGCCUUUUUAAAUAUUAGGAAUAAAUGAUCUGCAACUAGAAUGGUGACUUCAUUUUGGUGAUGGUUGUGUGAUGCUUUAA